UGCGUCUGGGUCCAAGCAAACAUGAGGCAGCUGCCAGCCGGACCAAGCAGUCUGGCUUUUUUGGGCUGCAAAGCGGGAAGAUUAGUGACAGUCUCUUUCAGCAGCCGAGAUGCAGAGGACCAAGGAAGCAAUGAAGGCAUCCGAUGGCAGCCUCCUGGGAGACCCUGGGCGCAUACCGCUGAGCAAAAGGGAAGGCAUCAAGUGGCAAAGGCCACGGUUCACCCGCCAGGCCCUGAUGCGUUGCUGCUUAAUCAAGUGGAUCCUGUCCAGUGCUGCCCCACAAGGCUCAGACAGCAGUGACAGUGAACUGGAGUUGUCCACGGUGCGCCAUCAGCCAGAGGGCUUGGACCAACUACAGGCCCAAACCAAGUUCACCAAGAAGGAGCUGCAGUCCCUUUACCGAGGCUUCAAGAACGAGUGUCCCACGGGCCUGGUGGAUGAAGACACCUUCAAACUCAUUUAUUCCCAGUUCUUCCCCCAAGGAGAUGCUACCACCUAUGCACACUUCCUCUUCAACGCCUUCGAUGCUGACGGGAACGGGGCCAUCCACUUUGAGGACUUUGUGGUUGGGCUCUCCAUCCUGCUUCGAGGGACGGUCCAUGAGAAGCUCAAGUGGGCCUUCAAUCUCUAUGACAUUAACAAGGAUGGUUACAUCACCAAAGAGGAGAUGCUGGCCAUCAUGAAGUCCAUCUAUGACAUGAUGGGCCGCCACACCUACCCUAUCCUGCGAGAGGACGCACCCCUGGAGCAUGUGGAGAGGUUCUUUCAGAAAAUGGACAGGAACCAGGAUGGAGUGGUGACUAUUGAUGAGUUUUUGGAGACUUGUCAGAAGGACGAGAACAUCAUGAGCUCCAUGCAGCUGUUUGAGAACGUCAUCUAGGACAUGUGGGAGGGGACCCUGGAUGGCCAUUGCUUCUCAACCCAGAGAAGCUUCAAUCCUGACAGGAGAAGCCUCUAUAAGAAACAUUUUUUCUAAUAUAUUUGCAAAAAGUGAGCAGUUUACUUCCAAGACACAGACACAGUCACACACACACACACACACACACACACACACACACACAGUUCCUCUGGCUUGGCAAAGGAAGUGGCAGCCAGGAGGCACCCCCAGCUAUUCCCAGGUCAAUAGAUAAAGGCUGCCUCUGGGAUGGCCAGCCCUGGCUGGAUGUUACCCACAAGGAGCUUAGAGCCCAAGAGGGCCAGGUCUACAAAGCUAAGGUCCCUGUGUUUUUUCUACCACUUGGGAGAUCAAACUACUCCCUGCUCAUGGACCCACGCUCCUAGAAAGCUCCCAGAAACUCCAUAGAGGCCUAGAGGGGAGGGGCCAAGAGUAGGGAGAAAUGGUGUUGGAAGCGGAGCUUACAGCUUUAUGCUAAGGCUCAUCUGAGGCCCUGGAACCCCAGUGCCAGGCUACCUAUUGUGGGGUGAACUUAGAUAGUGAGGGACCACUGGGCUAUGUCCUCCUUUAAGAGUAGGUCAGGACUGAGGUUUAUAGAGAAACUGAGGAAACAGCUUGUCCAUACCACUGGGUGAAGACUACUGGCUAAUGGGAACGUGACUGGUAGAGAUCUCCCGACUUCCAGCACCAGGCUGGCCUCCUCAAGGUCCUCUUUGGUUCUCUGGGGAGAUCACCUGGCUCAGGGACUGACAACCAGGGAGCUGGACUGUGAUGGGAGAGGUCUGGUAGGGGGCAUCCCCCUCUUUUUCCCUGGCCACUUGCCGCCCAGUUCCUUAACACAGCCGAUCAGCCACACCUCUGUGGCUGCCCUUGAACAGGCUCAUCCCAACCAAUACAAAAAGCACAAAAACAUCCUAGCAGCUCAGGCCACGCCCACAAGGGGAGGCAGGGGACCCUGGGUGGGAGAGGCCUGGGUUCCUGUAGCCCUGAUUCAGUGGCCAAGAAAGAUGCUCAGAAAUCCAUCCUGUACCUCAGAGCCUUGCGGUCUCACAGACCUUUCCCAGCCCAGCUCACCAACAUUCUAAAGCACAAACCUGCAGACUCUGGUUGCCUGGGCUGCACCCUGGGUAUCGGAGUCCAUGUUAGCCCUAAGCUGGAGCUAGCCCUGAGGACUGGGGACCUGUGACCAGGCAACAGGUCAACAGACCUUCAGGAGAAGAGAGAGCUGUUCCUGCCUCCCAAGGCCUCCCCCAGAAGGGACAGUGUCCCAGGCAGCAUGUUCCCUGGAGGAACAUUCCCACAAAAGUACAUUCCAUCACCUGUGGCCCGCUGUCUGCUCAGGCCCGCCUCUGAGAGUCCACUAGUGUUCCCCAGAAGGCCAACCCCAGGAUAAGAGAGGUCCUUAGAGGAAGGUCAGGGUGACAGCACCCUAUACACAGGUGGACCCCCUCUCAGGGCUGCACUAACCCCAUCUCCAUCCUAACUAGGGCCCUCCUUUACCCCAUCUACAGACCAUCAGCUCUCCCUGGCUCAGGGACCUCCCCUACCCCAGCCUGGCUCUUCUCAUUGAGGUCCCUGUCUUGUGAGAAGCCAAGGCCACGGAGAAGGCUACCACUCUAACCUGCUGCACCCCUUAGCCUCUGGCUGCACGCCGAACCUGGAGGGGUCUGUCCCCUUUGCAGGGACACAGACUGGCCGCAUGUCUGCAUGGCAGAAGCGUCUCCCUUGGGUGCAGCCUGGAAGGGUGGUUCCUAUUUCAGCGCCCACCAAUAUUCAGUCCUAUAUAUUUUAAUAAAAGAAACUUGACAAAGGA